GAAUAAAAUCCCUGAAAAUCUCCACAGGGAGAGCCAAUAUUCGCGGCGUAUAGUCAAAGAGGCUCCUCUCGCUCCGUUCGUUUCAUCAACAACGAAACGAAAGAAAAGAAGAUGCAGAUUUUUGUGAAAACGCUCACUGGGAAGACAAUCACUCUCGAGGUCGAGAGCAGUGACACCAUCGACAAUGUCAAAGCCAAGAUCCAGGACAAGGAAGGUAUCCCUCCAGACCAGCAAAGACUUAUUUUUGCUGGUAAGCAACUGGAAGAUGGUCGAACUCUUGCUGAUUAUAAUAUCCAAAAGGAGUCAACACUUCACCUAGUUUUGAGGCUUAGGGGGGGAACGAUGAUUAAGGUGAAGACUCUGACUGGAAAAGAAAUCGAGAUUGAUAUUGAACCAACUGAUACCAUUGAUCGAAUCAAGGAACGGGUUGAGGAAAAGGAAGGGAUUCCUCCUGUGCAGCAAAGGCUUAUUUAUGCUGGUAAGCAGCUUGGAGAUGACAAAACAGCUAAAGACUACAACAUUGAGGGUGGUUCCGUCCUCCAUCUGGUGCUUGCAUUGAGGGGUGGCAGUAUUUAAGUUGUAUUUAAAAAGGACUUGUUGAGGCGCUCUUGCGUGGUGAUGCUUUAUUAGCUUAUAAAAUUGCUGGUGUGUGGAUGAACCAAAAAAAUGUGUUGUAAACUUGUUUAAGUUUAAUACUCUGAUUCCUAAUGCAGUUUAAUAUGCCUGGCGUUC